AUGAAAUUCUGCUCGUCUACCUUCGCUCUGCCUGCCUUCGCCUUGUUCGCCGCUGCGGUCGACGGAAACGAUGUGACCCACGACGUCGCGUGUGAGAUGUCUCCGUUGCCUGUGGGCAACCACCCGGACCAACUGGCACCAGGAGGAAAGAACGGCAUGGUGCAGCCACUGCCUUCGGGCCAGCAAAGUGGCGUGGGAGCGCAAGGGGACGGCGUCUGCACGUUGACCGGCCUCUACGUCAAUGGAACGGACGUGUCGCACUGCAAGACUAUCAUCGUCGACUCGCUGCAAGUUCCUCCGGGCGUGACGCUCGACUUGACUAACGUCACGGACGGCGCCCAUAUCGAGUUCCACGGCACGUCGACCUUUGGUCCAAAGAGUUGGGAGGGCCCGCUCGUCAGGCUUACGGGGAAAAAUCUCACCGUCACGGGCCCGGGCACGCUGGAUGGUCAGGGCGCAUGGUACUGGCCGCAUGGAAAGAAUUUCACCCGCCCGGCGUUUUUCCGCCUGAACCGAGUUGCGAACACGGUGGUGUCGGGCUUCACCAUCGUCAACACGCCUACGCGUACCUUCAGUGUACUCGCCACGAACUACACGACGAUUUCCGAUAUCACGAUCGAUUCGCGGGCUGGCAACGGCCUCGCGAAGGAGACGGACGGGUUUGUCCUGAGCAGGAACAACCACCUGACCAUCACCAGGAACAUCGUGUACAAUCACGGUGAUUGCCUCGGCAUGCAGUCGAGCGCCAACACGGUGUUCAGUCACAACGUUUGCAACGGUGGUCGCGGCAUCUCCAUCGGCUCGAUCGGCGGUGCGUCGCAAAACUUCAGCACUACUGUGGAUGGCCUGCUAGUCGAGCACAAUACGAUCGAGAACAGCGCCAACGGUCUUCGCAUCAAAGCCCUUGUUGACCUCAAAGGUCUGGUCACGAACGUCAUGUACGUAAACAACACACUCGUGAACGUCGGGAACGCCAUCGCCAUUCGCGCGGACUUUGACAGAUCUCUAGGCGGCUACUCGGAUCAUCCCACCAGUCUCGUGGCGAUCACCAAUAUCCUGAUCGACGGUCUCUACGGUUCGGCCGAAACCCUGUACGACAUCUUGGCUAACCCGGAUUUCAUCUCGGGCUUGGAGCUCACCAACAUCAAUGUCCACGCCACCAACGUUGGCAACUGUACGGGCGCACCGAGCAAUGUGCAGUGCUAA